CUCCCGCGGCCACCGGCCAUGGCACCGCCGGUGCCGUACCUCGUCGACGAGAUCCUCGAGGAGAUCUUCCUCCGCCUGCGCACUCCGGCCGCGCUCGUCCGCGCCUCCACCGCCUGCUUAUCCUUCCGCCGCAUCAUCACCGGGCGUCCCUUCCUCCGGCGCUACCGCAAGCGCCACCCGCCGCCGCUCCUCGGCUUCGUCGACCGACACGGCUUCCACCCCGCCCAGCCGCCCUACCCGUCCGCCCCGCUCGCCAGUUCCCUCGCUGCCGCCGCCGAUUUCACCUACUCUUUCGUCCCCAGCCCUAACGACGAGCGCUGGAGAUCCGUCGACGCCCGCGACGGCCGCGUCCUUCUCCAGGAACACCGCUUGGGUCUGAAAUACUUCAGAAUGAACCUCGCGGUGUGUGAUCCGUUGUCACGCCACUCCGUGCUUCUUCCACCCAUACAUAAGGACCUGUUAGUCCUGGAAGCAGAGUUUCCUAUUGAGAUCGUGCGCGUCCUCGCUCCCGUUGGUGAGGAGGGUGAAGACGAGACGUCGUUCAGGGUGUUUGUCUUUGCCUGCUAUAAAACCAAGCUGGUUGCGUUCGUCUUCUCGUCCGUUGCACCGCAAUGGUGUAUAGCUGCAUCUCGCAGUUGGACAUCUUUGGGCACGGAAUCUCCCCAUUUCAUGGCUGCUUUGGGUUGCCGUGGCUUGUCCUGUUUAGACUACGUGCGCGGAUGCUUCUACUCGACGUGGCCUUGGAUGGACAAGUUGCUCAUGAUAAACACACAAACAAUGGAGUUCUCCACAGUCAAUGAUCGCACUGGGUACCACAUGAAGCUCAGAAGUCUGCCUGGACAGGCAGACGAAGUUCUCGCCAGAAAUGAUAUGCUGUGCAGACGUAGGCCUGGCCAGCCAAGAAGUUUGCCUGCCAUUGUAGUGGGCAGAGAAGGAACCCUUGAGAUGUUCUCUCUAGUUGGUGAUCACAGUCCAGAAGGCUCGUUUCAUCUCUAUCAUACCACUCAGCUAAAAAACGAUCAAUCUUCCAUGGAAUGGCAGCUGGAGAAUAUUAUACCGUUGCCCGGCCAGUAUGACUAUUUCACCUUGGGCGCAGCUGGGGGAUUCUUAUUCCUUGGAGCCACUACAGAAGAUCAGCUGUACAUCGCUAUAGACUCCCCAGUGUGUUUGUCGAGGACUGGUUGGGAUGUAGACUAUUUUUCGCUGGAGGUCCAAACUUCUAAGAUUACGAAAAUUUGUAGGAGGAAGAGCCAAUUUUUCCAUUAUGAAGAUGUUUACUGGUACUUCGGCCUCCCCCCAUCAUUGUCAAAACCAAGUAUAUGAAGUGGGAUGAAGCCGCUGUGCUUUUGGGUCUCUUAUUUGGGCCAUGCAUCUGAAGCUUUUGAGGACAAAUGGAGGAUGGACAAGUUGGUACUGCGAAAUAUGCUGGCUAGAUAUAGUACUAGAGCCUUGGUAUUACUCAGUCUUAGUUAAGAAUUUGCGUUUAUGUACUUUGCUGUGUUGUUAUUAAGCAUAUUUAAUCUAGACAUGUUGUCACCGGAUUUGUCGAAGUCUAAUGUGUAGAGUUAUACUCUUCUUAUGUGGCUAAGAAUGGCCAUGGCUUAAUGUGUUGGUGCGGUUUGUGGCCACAACACUUGUUCUUGUACAGGACUCGACCUCGUGGUUGCAGCCACCUUAUGUUCUGCUCAUUGUGUUCAUGCCUCAUCUAA